GCCUGCUGCAGGGUUGCCAGAUAAGACGCCCAGUUCCGGCUGAAUUUCAGAUAAACAACAGUGUUGUAGUAUGUCCUGCGCAGUGUUUCGGACGUGCGUGUACUAGAAGUUAUUACUGCGUCCGAGAUUCAAAUGUAACGGGGCGUCCUCCUGUGUGUUUAUCUGCGACGUCUGGCAGCCCUGCCCGCGGCUCCGGGCUGGCGGGGAGCAGCUGGGCCGGUCGGGCGCAGCGGGCGUCGCGGAGGCCUGGGAGGUGGAGCCCGAGAUUGGGCUGUGGGCGCCGGGGCCGGACGGUGACUUGCGCUCACCUUGCUUCACACCGGAGGAUGUUACCUAGUAUUUCAAUGAAUUCCCCAAUGCAGGGGAACGGAGUGUUGAAUUCCAGGGAUGCAGCAAGACACACUGCUGGGGCAAAACGCUACAAGUACCUGCGAAGGCUUUUUCGUUUUCGGCAGAUGGACUUUGAGUUUGCUGCCUGGCAGAUGCUCUACCUGUUCACUUCCCCUCAGAGGGUUUAUAGAAACUUUCAUUAUCGAAAGCAAACGAAGGAUCAGUGGGCCAGAGAUGACCCUGCUUUCUUGGUCUUAUUAAGUAUCUGGCUCUGUGUGUCCACUAUAGGAUUUGGCUUUGUGCUGGACAUGGGAUUUUUUGAGACGAUGAAGCUUCUUCUUUGGGUUGUAUUCAUAGAUUGCAUAGGUGUUGGUCUUCUCAUAUCAACUUUAAUGUGGUUCAUCUCUAACAAGUAUUUAGUGAAGCGCCAGAGCAGAGACUAUGAUGUGGAGUGGGGUUAUGCCUUCGACGUGCAUCUGAAUGCUUUUUAUCCUCUCCUCGUCAUUUUGCACUUCAUCCAGCUUUUGUUCAUCAACCAUGUUAUCCUGACAGACACAUUUAUUGGCUAUUUAGUUGGAAAUACCUUAUGGUUGGUUGCAGUUGGCUAUUACAUCUAUGUAACCUUCCUGGGGUACAGUGCAUUGCCAUUUUUGAAAAAUACAGUCAUUCUUCUCUAUCCAUUUGCACCUCUCAUCCUACUCUAUGGACUGUCACUGGCACUAGGAUGGAACUUUACCCACACACUGUGUACCUUCUACAAGUACAGAGUGAAGUGAAAAGAAAGUGAGACUGUUACAUUUUAACUGUGUCAGCAGUAUUGGUGAAGUGAUUUCCUAUGAAACUUGUAAAUAAACUAUCAUUGUAGAUAUUAAUGGUGUAAAGUUUGCAAAUUUGAGGAAAUAGUAACAUUAUUGUCAAGUACAUUCCUUAAAAUUAACUAAAUGUACAUUUCUAUAAUAAAUAUUUUUUAAGCUAAA